AAGCUCCAUGUGCAGGAGAGAAAGACGAAGCGGAUAAAAGUUGAGUUUCUUUGUGAUUCGGCACGAAAAAAGGGCAAAAAACACAAAAGGGAAGAAGUUGAAGCUGCCGUGGAACCGUUCGGUAUGUUUUCAAAUUUUAAACCGGAAACUGAAAGAAGGAAAAACGCAGAAAAAGAGAAAAACACGAAAACCGGCGUUUAAUAUUUAAAGUCCUGAGAAGAAGCGGAGAGUUUUAAAGAUGCUGCUGAGUUGAUCUGCUGGAUGAAGGUUCAGGAGGAGAACAUGGAGGACGAACGGAGGGAUGAGGAGGAGACGACUCCUGAACAGGAAGAGGAAGUGAUGAAGGCGGCGUUGGCGGAGCGCUGGCAGCUGAUUGGAGGACAUACUCCUAGCUCCUCCUCCUCCUUCAGCUCCUUUCCCUUCAGAGGAGGUGAGGAAGACGAGGUCAGUGUCGUCAUCGUCACCGCCGAGGACGAGUCCUGUCCAUCGGAGCCGUUUGGCACCGCCCACCUCUCACCGACCAAUCAGGAUGCAGGGAUGGAGGAUGGAGGCGACAUGAAGGAGGAGGAGGGAGAAGUGACAUCACCUUCAGCUCACCUGCAGCAACAGAUGAAGAGGAAGCUGGAUCACGGUCCAGACGGACGGACGUUUCCUUCAGGGAAGAAGCACUGCAAAGGCAACGGACCGCUGGGUCCCUCCAGUCUGGUUCAGGCCACGCCCACCACAUUUGGUGACCUGCGGCUGGCCAAUGGGCAUUCGGCUCAGCGGCGGCGUGUCACCUCCGGCCCGCCUCCAACUGGCCUGCAGGACUGGCUACACACCUUCCAGAUGUGGAGCGGUCCCGAGAGGCUAUUGGCUCUGGACGAGUUGAUCGACAGGUGCGAGACCAGCCAGGUGAAGCACAUGAUGCAGGUGAUCGAGCCUCAGUUCCAGAGGGACUUCAUAUCGCUGCUGCCCAAAGAGUUGGCGCUGUACGUGUUGACCUUCCUGCCCCCCAGAGACCUGAUGCAGGCCGCCCAGACCUGCAGGUACUGGAGGAUCCUGGCCGAAGACAACCUGCUGUGGAGGGAGAAGUGUCGCGAGGAGGGUAUAUCAGAGUGUGAGUCAUCUCGUCGCAGGAGAUGCGGGACUGCGGUCGGUCCGUGGAAGUCGGCCUACAUCCGGCAGCACCGCAUCGAGACCAACUGGAGGCAGGGCGACUCCGGGGAGCCGAUGGUCCUCAAAGGACACGACGACCACGUCAUCACCUGUCUGCAGUUCAGCGGCGACCUCAUCGUCAGCGGCUCCGACGACAACACGCUCAAAGUGUGGUCGGCCAUCAGCGGAAAGUGUCUGCGGACGCUGACCGGUCACACCGGUGGAGUUUGGUGCAGCCAGAUGUCCGUCGCCACGGUGAUCAGCGGCUCCACCGACCGGACGCUUCGCGUUUGGGACGCCGAGAGCGGCGAGUGUGUCCACACACUGUACGGACACACGUCCACUGUGCGCUGCAUGCAUCUCCACGGCAACUGGGUGGUGUCGGGUUCCCGGGACACGACGCUGAGGGUCUGGGACGUGUCCACGGGUCGCUGUGAACACGUGCUGACGGGUCAUGUGGCGGCAGUUCGCUGCGUUCAGUUCGACGGACGGCGUGUGGUGUCGGGAGGAUACGACUUCAUGGUGAAGGUGUGGGACCCCGACACCGAGGUGUGUCUGCACACGCUGCAGGGACACACAAACAGAGUGUACUCACUGCAGUUUGACGGUGUGUUUGUGGUCAGCGGUUCAUUGGACACGUCCAUCAGAGUCUGGGACGCAGAGACAGGUAACUGCGUCCACACUCUGACUGGUCACCAGUCUCUGACCAGCGGCAUGGAGCUCAGAGACAACGUCCUGGUGUCUGGAAACGCCGACUCCACCGUCAGAGUCUGGGACGUCCGGACGGGACGGUGUCUCCACACACUGCAAGGACCCAACAAACACCAGUCGGCCGUCACCUGCCUCCAGUUCUGCAGAGGUCUGGUUCUGUCCAGCUCUGAUGACGGGACAGUCAAACUGUGGGACCUCCGGACCGGGGCCUGGCUGAGGGACGUGGUGGCGCUGCAGAGCCGAGGAUCAGGUGGCGUCGUGUGGCGAAUCAGAGCGUCUGACACUCGGCUGGUUUGCGCCGCCGGCAGCAGGAACGGCACCGAGGAGACCAAACUACUGGUGCUGGACUUCGACGUGGACGACAAGAAGACGGAGACGGACUGAAGGAGAUGCUGAAGACUGAAGACGAACCGACGGUCUUCAUGAUGCUGAUCGGACAGCAGGUGAACAGAACAGAACAGAGAACGUUUUAUUGAAUGUAGGACUGAGGAGGCCGACGCCACUGUUGAUCACCAAAUCUACCCAAACUUCUAGAGGCGACGCAGACGAACGCCACAGGAUUCCUCUCGGUUCGACCAUCUGCAGCUCGUCUGCAUCGCCUCUUCGGUUCAGAAACUCGCUGCUGCUGAAAUCUGGGAAUCGAAGCUUUUUGUUUUCAGAGACGGAGGACAGACUGAAAUGUAGCAGAGCCUCACACCUGCAGCAGAAUCACCGUAGAAUCACCAUAAAAUCACCGCCAUCAGUCAUUCACACUUACAGUCAGAGAUCCUCAGUCAUUUGCGGUCAUUUUAGAAUCACAGAAGCUUUCAGUGGGUUUAAAGAAAAAUCACCAAAAUGAUGUCAAACACCUGAAACGCUACAAAUAAUCCAUCCUGGACUGACUUCUCUUUCAACUGAACGAUUUUACCUUCUGUGAUCAUUCGCUCAAUGAUUCGAUGAUUCAGUCACUCAAACUGGUAACUGUCCAGAAACUGAUAGAUCUGUAGUUAUAGAUCUUUAGAUCUAUAGUUAUAGAUCUGUAGUAGAUCCACAGUUAUAGAUCUGUAGCCAUAGAUCUGUAAUUAUAGAUCUGCCGUUAUAGAUCUUCAUUUAUAGAUCUGUAGUUAUAGAUUUAUAAUUAUAGAUCUGUGGUUAAAGAUCUGUAGUUAAAUAUCUGUAGUUAUAGAUCUGUAGUUAUAGAUCUGUAGUUAUAGAUCUGUAGUUAUGGAUCUGCAGUUGUAGUUCUACAGUUGUAGUUCUGCAGUUGUAGAUCUGUAGAUCUGUACUUAUAGAUCUGCUGUUACACAUCUGUAGUGAUAGAUUUUUAUAGAUCUGUAGUUGUAGAUCUGUAGUUAUAGAUCUGUACUUAUAGAUCUAUAGUUUUAGAUCUGCAUCUGUAGUUAUAGAUCUGUAUUUAUAGAUCUGCAGUUGUAGAUCUGCAGUUAUAAAUCUGCAGCUGUAGAUCUGCAGUUAUAGAUCUGAACCCAAAGACAGUGGAGGAAAUGCUUCAGAAACGUGGUUAAAAGUUCGUAUUUGAACCUAAAUUAUGAUGUUUUUCUAAACCAAACCCAGUAUUUUGGUUCCUGAGCUUCUAUCCAGCAGUUUUUGUUGUUAAAAUGUUGACUAAACUGUAAUAUUUUACUAAAUCUGAUCAGAAACCGAGUAAAAACCGAACGUAAACCAGAGAAAAUGAAACUUCAGUCUAAUAAUACAGGAUGUGGUGAAAGUCCUCCACUGCUCCUUCAAAUUAAAAGUCCAUCACAGCAUUGUUUUUUUAAUUUUUUCUGAAAUGACACUAAGAUAGAGGAAAGUUGAAUCACUCAUUAUUUUUCUGUUGUUUUUCUUACAUUUUCCUCAAACUUUAACUCAGAAGACGGUGAACCCUGCAGCAGCUCCUUAUGUUUGAUAAAUUCCAUCACUAUGCGACUUUAAUGCACUAAAUUCCAGAAAAACGUCACUUUUUGAUAAAUAGUUUCUUUUUCCCUUCCCAGAUCCACUCCACACGUUUGUCUCAGCUUAUGAAACAUUAAAAAAAAGCUAAAUAAUUGAAACAACUCCUUUUAGUCGAUAUUAAUCCGAUAAGCUGCCGUUGCCAGGCAACACCUCCAGCCAAUAGCGGAGGUCUGGGUGAUGUUUCCCCGGCAACAGGUGUGUCUGCAGCAGCAGAGGUGAAGCAGGUGAGAGGCUCUGGAUGCUGUAACAUACUGUAAAUACUGAGGAUGUACAUAUCGAGCUUUUGUAAUAAAAAUAAAAAAUAGAGAAAAUAUUGUGAACGACGGAUAAGAAACAAUAAAGACGAGUUUUAUAAAAA